AUGUCUUCUCCGACCGUCUUCGUUUGCGGCGCCACUGGUACCCAGGGCGGCGCUUUAAUUGACCAUUUGCUCAAAGCUGAUGUCAAAAUACAUGCCGUUACACGCAGCCCCGACUCGGCUGCUGCUCAACAUCUUAAAUCACUUGGCGUAAUCAUCACGGAAGGCGAUUUUGACAACGAUGAUUCCGUCAGAAAGCCCAUGGCCAAUUGCACAACCCUUUUCCUGAACUUGAUGCCAGCGUUGACAGAUUUGAACGCAAGUUUCGAACAAGCAUGCCGACUUCUCAAAAUUGCGAGGGAAGCUGGAAUCAAGCAAGUUAUCUAUGCUAGUGCAAUGUCUGCCAAUGAUCCCCAACGCCUCAAAUCAUGGGAUCCGACCAGCAUCAUCAGCACCAUGCUACUCAACAAAUCGGCCAUUGAAAACGAAAUCGGCAAAGCGGGAUUUGAAAGCUGGACAAUUCUACGCCCGGGGAACUUCAUGAACAACUUCUUGUCCCCCAAGGCCAUGAUGUACAAGGGCUUCACGGAAACCGGAGUAUUCACCACUGCUUUCGCUCCUGAUACUUUGUUGCCCAUGGUUGAUCCCAACGACAUCGGCCAGUUUGCUGCAGCAGCAGUCUUCGAUCCCGUCAAGUUCAACCACCAAGAAAUCGAGAUCACUUCAGAAUUCCUAGGAGUCGACGCCAUAAUCCAGUCUUUAUCCCAUGCCACUGGAAGGGAGAUGAGCGUUGUCUAUAUGUCAGAUGAGGAAAUCGGCGAACAGAAGGCUACCAAUCCCUUCAUUGCUGGACAAUUCAUGGCCCGUGAUCUAGGAUCAUUUGUGGAUUUCGACAAGGUCAAGGCGUGGAAUAUCCCGCUAGGGACUUUUGAACAAUUCUUGCAACGAGAAAAAUCCAAAGUUGAUGCGACAUAUCUUUGA